AUGUCCACAUUACCAAGACCCGGACUCUCUUUCUCGCAGAAGCGCAAACUUGAAGACCAAUUCGGUGCUCAAGUACCUGAAUUUUCUGAAUAUCAUCAAAAGAGAAGAGGAUUGGAAUCAUUCUCAGUGAAAGGUGCUGCUUUAGCUGGUAUUGGUUCAUGUAUUUUCGCCUAUCAAAGAUCAUACCAACCACUGACCGGAAUUUUUGUUGGUGCCAUGGCCUUCUUGACUGCACGUAGUGCUGCUAAAUACUUUGGAGCUCCAUAUUUCGGAGUAAAUUCAAUCAAUAAUGCGGAAUUUGAUAGAGCAUUUAAUCUGUGGGUGUAUUAUGAACAUAACCCAUACCGUAAAGACGCUGAUUUGCCAAUUCAUCAAUUUGAAUCUAGAUAUCAGAAACGUCUGAAUGAAUUUAGGGAAAAGCAUAAGAAUGAUUAUACUCAGUUUUUGAAACAAUAA